GUCCUAAAGGUGAUCCAGGUCAGACCAUAACACAGCCAGGGAAGCCUGGCCUGCCUGGUAACCCAGGCAGAGAUGGUGAAGUAGGUCUUCCAGGUGACCCUGGACUCCCAGGCCAACCAGGCUUGCCAGGAAUACCUGGUAGUAAAGGAGAACCAGGAAUCCCUGGAAUUGGGCUUCCUGGACCACCUGGUCCCAAAGGUUUUCCUGGAAUUCCAGGACCUCCGGGAGCACCGGGGACACCUGGAAGAAUUGGUCUUGAAGGCCCUCCUGGUCCACUAGGCUUUCCAGGAUCGAAGGGAGAACCAGGAUAUGCGUUACCUGGGCCACCUGGACCACCAGGACUCCCGGGUUUUAAAGGAGCACUUGGCCCAAAAGGUGAUCGUGGCUUCCCAGGACCUCCAGGUCCUCCAGGACGCACUGGCUUGGAUGGGCUACCUGGACCAAAAGGUGAUGUUGGACCAAAUGGACAACCUGGGCCAAUAGGACCUCCUGGGCUGCCAGGAAUAGGUGUUCAGGGACCACCGGGACCACCAGGCAUUCCUGGGCCAAUAGGCCAACCUGGCUUACAUGGAGUACCAGGAGAGAAGGGGGAUCCAGGACCUCCUGGGUUUGAUGUUCCAGGACCCCCUGGUGAGAGAGGCAAUCCAGGGAUCCCUGGAUCACCUGGUCCUAUGGGACCUCAAGGAUCACCAGGGCUUCCGGGAAAAGCAGGUGCCUCUGGAUUUCCAGGUGCCAAGGGUGAAAUGGGUAUGAUGGGACCUCCAGGCCCACCAGGACCAUUGGGAAUUCCUGGCAGAAGUGGAGUUCCUGGUCUUAAAGGUGAUGAUGGCAUGCAGGGUCAGCCAGGACUUCCUGGCCCUGCAGGAGACAAAGGUGAUAAAGGAGAGCCUGGCCUUCCAGGCCCUCCUGGACCAAUAGAUCCAGAUCUGCUGGCCUCUAAAGGAGAAAAGGGGGAACCUGGCUUACCAGGUAUUCCUGGAGUUCCAGGGCCAAAAGGCUACCAGGGUUUGCCUGGAGAACCAGGACAACCUGGACUCAGUGGGCAACCUGGAUUACCAGGACCAUCAGGUCCCAAGGGUAACCCUGGUCUCCCUGGUCAGCCAGGACUUAUUGGACCUCCUGGACUUAAAGGAAACAUAGGUGAUAUGGGUUUUCCAGGCCCUCAGGGUGUAAAAGGGCUCCCUGGACCUCCUGGAGUUCCUGGACAACCUGGCUCCCCAGGAGUACCUGGACAGAAAGGAGGCAAAGGUGAUCCUGGUGUUUCAGUCAUUGGUCUUCCAGGCCUUCCUGGCCCAAAGGGUGAACCUGGUCUUCCUGGAUACCCAGGGAACCCUGGUAUCAAAGGUUCUGUGGGAGAUACUGGUUUGCCUGGUUUACCAGGGACCCCUGGAACAAAAGGACAACCAGGCCUUCCUGGAUUCCCAGGAACUCCAGGUAUUCCUGGACCGAAAGGUAUUAAUGGUCCCCCUGGGAACCCUGGCCUUCCAGGAGAACCUGGUCCUAUAGGUGGUGGAGGUCGUCCUGGGCCACUGGGGCCUCCAGGUGAAAAAGGCAAACCAGGUCAAGAUGGCAUUCCUGGACCAGCUGGACAGAAGGGUGAACCAGGUCAGCCAGGCUUUGGAAUCCCAGGACCCCCUGGACUGCCAGGACUUUCUGGUCAAAAGGGUGAUGAAGGAUUACCUGGCAUUCCAGGAAACCCUGGCCUUCCAGGUCCAAAGGGUGAACCAGGCUUCCAAGGUUUCCCUGGUGUACAGGGUCCCCCAGGCCCUCCUGGUUCUCCGGGUCCAGCUCUGGAAGGCCCUAAAGGCAACACUGGGCCCCAAGGUCCUCCUGGGAGACCAGGUCCUACAGGUUUACAAGGUCUACCAGGUCCAGAAGGUCCCCGGGGUCUCCCUGGAAAUGGAGGUAUUAAAGGAGAGAGGGGAAACCCAGGCCAACCUGGGCAACCUGGCUUGCCUGGUUUGAAAGGAGAUCAAGGACCACCAGGACUCCCGGGGAAUCCUGGCCGACCAGGUCUCAAUGGAAUGAAAGGGGAUCCUGGUCUCCCUGGUGUUCCAGGAUUUCCAGGCAUGAAAGGACCCAGUGGAGUACCUGGUUCAACUGGCCCUGAGGGGGAACCAGGACUUAUUGGCCCCCCAGGUCCUCCUGGGUUACCUGGUCCUUCAGGACAGAGUAUUAUAAUCAAAGGAGAUGCUGGUCCUCCAGGGAUUCCCGGCCAGCCUGGGUUAAAGGGUCCACCAGGACUACCAGGACCUCAAGGUUUACCAGGUCCAAUUGGCCCUCCAGGAGAUCCUGGACGCAAUGGACUCCCUGGCUUUGAUGGUGCAGGAGGGCGCAAGGGAGACCCAGGUCUUCCAGGCCAGCCAGGUAUCCGUGGUUUGGAUGGUCCCCCUGGGCCAGAUGGACUGCAGGGUCCCCCAGGUCCCCCUGGAGCCUCCUCUAUUGCCCAUGGAUUCCUCAUCACACGCCACAGCCAGACAACAGAUGCACCACAAUGCCCGCAGGGAACAGUUCAGAUCUAUGAAGGCUUUUCUCUCCUGUAUGUACAAGGAAAUAAAAGAGCCCACGGUCAAGAUUUGGGGACGGCUGGCAGCUGCCUUCGUCGCUUCAGUACCAUGCCUUUCAUGUUCUGCAACAUCAAUAAUGUUUGCAACUUUGCUUCAAGAAAUGACUAUUCUUACUGGCUCUCCACCCCAGAGCCCAUGCCAAUGAACAUGGAACCCCUGAAGGGCCAAAGCAUCCAGCCAUUCAUUAGCCGAUGUGCAGUUUGUGAAGCCCCAGCUGUGGUGAUUGCAGUUCACAGUCAGACCAUCCAGAUUCCCCGUUGUCCUCAGGGAUGGGAUUCUCUGUGGAUUGGUUAUUCCUUCAUGAUGCAUACAAGUGCAGGGGCAGAAGGCUCAGGUCAAGCACUGGCCUCGCCUGGUUCCUGCUUGGAAGAAUUUCGUUCAGCUCCCUUCAUUGAAUGUCAUGGGCGGGGUACCUGUAACUACUAUGCCAACUCCUACAGCUUUUGGCUGGCAACUGUAGAUGUGUCAGACAUGUUCAGUAAACCUCAGUCAGAAACGCUGAAAGCAGGAGAUUUGAGGACACGUAUUAGCCGAUGUCAAGUGUGCAUGAAGAGGACAUAACAUUUUGAAGAACUCCUCGUGUGUUUUUAAAUGUGAUAAAUAUAUGAAAUUUCCAGGAUGAAAUGUCUUUUCCCCAACUUUACCACUGCUACCACCAAUGGUGCUACUAUAUAUGACCAAGAGAACAUUCUGACUAGUAACCAUGAAGAUUUAGAUGUACCUCAGCAAUGUGCUGGAGCAAGGUCUCUGUUAUUUUUCUGUGAAAGAAAUACGGGAAUGAAUUUAUUUUGGGGGUCCAGAAUGACUUUCUCUAAGGAUUAUAAGAUGAAGACUUUAUAUUUUGCCCAGUUACUAAAAUGGCACAUUAAAAAUUCAAUUAAGAGAAGAAUCACACUGAGUAAAAUAAAGGACUGCAGUUUGGAGGAAGAAUUAUUUUUCAUGGUGCUACUAAUCCUACUGUAUCCCAGGUUUUUAAUAUGAAAGUAUUAAACUUAUUUUGCUCUGUAAGUAAAGAAUGUGUAUAUUGUGUAAACAGCCUUUUAGCUCAAAAUGUGGAGUCAUUUAGAUGUGAUCUGGCAUGACUCACUCUUUACAGCAAAUGUAGAAAAGCCUAGAAUACCGAGAGCAAGAUUUUAUAUCCAUGUUUAUCAAAGUGAGAGAAUUUAUUCUCUUGCAUCAAGUUACUACUGAGAGUAAAUCUAUUUUGAGUUUAUCCCCUGAGUUCUUGACUUUAAAAAAAAAUAGAUCAUUUUUAGUCACUUUAAUCAUAAUUUUAAACAUUCAUGAUAAAUACCAACUUAUAAUAUCUAAUGGGGCAAUUUCUCUUUUACUAUAAUCUCCAAAACAUUCUUAAGACCAGAUGCCCCCUGUUUUGAUGUUUCUUACAUCUUGUUUUUGCUCAUCCCUGAUUGGUAAAAGUUCUCCCCAACAAUUUUGAGAAACAAAAAUAUAUACAAAAAACAACAAUUUGUUUCCCUGUGCAUGUUAUAUAAGAAUUAUUCUCCUGUGGUCUCUGCUAGUACAAGGACUGGGAAGACAACACUUGGUUAAUCUUCUCUCUUCAAUUACAAAAAGCCAGUUGAUAUUUCUUAUUCUUUUUAUUAUAAAUAAUCAUAGGAUACCUUAUUUCUCUAGCUGUCAUCUUCUCACAAUGUUUUUUAACCCACCAAUAUCAAUUUAAUUAAAGGUAUAUGUUGUAAGGA